AACUCAGUUCUUCACAAGUGUGUAACCUGCCGCAAACUACGUGGAAAGUUGGAAGAGCAACGCAUGGCGGACCUUCCUCCGGAACGGCUCAAAACCUGCCCUCCUUUUACCUACGUUGGCCUUGAUGUCUUUGGACCUUGGACCGUGACUACAAGACGCACCAGAGGAGGACAGGCAGAGAACAAGAGGUGGGUUAUCAUGUUCACCUGCAUGAGUUCGAGAGCCAUGCACCUCAAAGUCAUCGAGACUAUGGACACAUCUAGCUGCAUAAAUGCCCUUCGACACUUCUUCGCUCUCCGAGGCUCAGCAAAACAGCUCCAUUCCGACUGCGGAACAAACUUCGUCGGUGCCUGUAAGGAGCUUGGCAUGGACAAAACGGUACAGGCAUACCUGAGUGAGCAAGGUUGCAGCUGGAUCUUCAACCCCCCACACGCCUCUCAUAUGGGAGGUUCAUGGGAGCGUAUGAUCGGAGUCGCUAGGAGAAUACUCGACGCAAUGCUUCUGCAGCAAAACACUCGCCUGACUCAUGAAGUACUUUGCACCUUGAUGACCGUCUCAGCGAUCAUAAAUGCUCGACCACUGCUACCUGUAUCUACGGAUCCAGAUCCCUUCAUACUCUCACCAUCUAUGCUCCUUACACAGAAGUCAGGAGUCCCUCCUCCUCCUGGGGACUUUACAGAAAAGGACUUACACACAAAACAAUGGAGACAGGUUCAAGCUCUGGCAAAUCAGUUCUGGACCCGGUGGAGUCGUGAAUACUUGCCUUCCUUGCAGCCGCGACUGAAAUGGACAAGGGCUCGAAGGGACCUUCAAGUUGGUGAUCUCGUUCUGCUCAGGAACAAGCAGACAUCACGCAAUUGCUGGCCUAUGGCCAGGAUCACUGCCACAUUCCCUGGAAAAGAUGGACAUGUCAGAAAGGUUGAACUGAAGACAACAGACCAAGGGACUAUCAAAACUUUUCUAAGGCCUAUUGCAGAACUUGUUCUACUUCUGCCUAAAGACUAAUUAAUAGACUUUGAUGUUAUUCACUCAUAAUCCUUAGUGACCAUGAUCAGGUCAGGCGGGGAGUGUGUUGUCCUGUAAAAGGAGUUUAAGAAAGUUUAUAUUUGUUUAAAAAAAAAAAAAAGAAAAAGAUUUGUGUAUUUUAUGUGGAAAAAAUAAUAAGUUAAUGAUAUACUUACCUGGUUAUGUAAGAAAGUGUUUUUGUAUUUUCGUACUGCUGUAUUUAUCGUUUUAAGCGAUAUAUGUUACGGUGAUGUCACUUCCGGUUUCGCGCGGAGUUGAUUACGCCACUUCCGGUUUCGCAGGGGGUUGACGAUAUAACGGCAGACAGUUGGUUUCCUGCUGCAGAUGUACAUUCUAAACCCACAACGAUUGUAGCCAAGCAAAGCUGUAAGUGUUAAUAUAUAGGAUCAUAUGGUUAGGUGUGUAUAUUGUCAACUGUUUAGGGAAAAUAUUUCGUGUGAAUAAGUUAUUUUGUCUUGUUGCUGUUUUGAUUGUCAGUUAAAAACAAGCUAGGUUGUUAGCCAUUCUUUGAUUUACCUCAGCCAAUUGAUUAAUGUAAAUCUGUAUGUUUGUUUUGCAGUUUUUACCACACACAUAUUGAUGCAUUACAAGUUCAAUACAACGGAUGAAAAGCCACUCUACGCCUCUGUCAUCUUUAUUGAAAUGGAAUGAAGAUUGAAGUGGUUAGCUCGAUGUUUAUUUUGGUUCAGCUACAACCAAGAGAGAACAUUACAGUUAUUGUUAUAGUCGUAUACUGUGUAAAAUAGUGUUUGUCUGCAACUAUUUAUGUGUGUUUGACACCUAGCCUGCUAAUUGUACAUCCUACACUGCUUUUUGUUGUAUUCAACCUCUUAUUCGUCAGUCAUGAGGCAAGGUCAAGUUCCUCGGUUACUGAUAGAAUAGAAUUCAUUUUGUUCUUGUUAGUAGGCUAUGAUGCAUGAAAAUAUAUUAGUGUUAGGCGACAAUACCGAACGUCUCCUGCUGGGAGGUUCAGUCUGCUGACCGGAAAGGGUAAGUCGGCAAAGGGGCGCCCGGUGCUACCGCGCUAGCCAGGCGUAACAAAGUUUUCAGAGGACUCAUCAAGACGACGAAAAACCUCGGACCGCAGUCUCUCCGUCCGACUACCUGAAGAGGACCACGGAGAGCGCUGGCUCGCAUCAAUAAGCUUUUAUUUUGGUACUUCCGUUGAGAGUGCGAAUUAGCAUACUAGACAAUUCCCCGCCGGGGAAUCGCGAGAGUGGGCUGUGCGCUUUGCCCCGUGACGGAAAAACUAUGAAAGACAAGGCAAAAGUAUGAUAUCAAGUUGAUAAUUUGGAGUUUUAUCUACAUUUUAAACUUUGAAUGGUGUGUCCAGGUUAAAGUAUGCCAGAGAUGUCGAUGUUUGAAAAACAAAGUUUCACUUUUUCCACUCAGCCCCAUUCACUGUCAAUGGGAAAUGAGGAUUGUCAAUGCUAUGAUACUACAAUGCAAUGCUACAAUGUGUUCAUUUCACCACAUACCAUUCAUUCUCAGCAUCUUCAUCUUUUCAUUGUUAAAAACUAAAACUAAACUUGCAAAUAAUAAUAAUUCAACAGGCAUACACCGACAUCUUGUAACAGAGAUGAUAUUUAUUUCUCUCCAAAAAACAAGCAAAGGAGGCCUUCUUCCUGGAGGUCUUCAUCCUGAGUCUGAGAGUUGUUGUCUCUUCAGUGGAGAGUGAGACACAAAUUAGUUCAAAAUCAUCGCGUAAACAUUUGAAAAGAAAACAGUAUCACUUCCCUUAUUUUUG